AAGUGACAAGGAAUUAUUUGAUUGUCUCUCCGCUAUUCGGAAUGCGAGCUCAAUCAUUAUAAACCAUUUUCGGUGGGAAACCAGUGCUGAAACUAGUGCUGAACACCGCUAAACAUCGAUUACAUUACGGGCAAAUGGCCAAAGAGCUCCUCGAUUUAAACGUCUAUCGAAAUUACUCGCAAAACACUCCCCACGCUUAUCAACUCAACCCCUUACAUUAUUUUUUUAACUUGUUUGCUAUUUUGCAUUACAUUUGCAUAAAGCAGCGGGCAUGCUGCGCUUGGUGUACAUAUACUAUGGAACCCUGCUACCUGGCUGGAGCAGCUUGCGGGCAAUUGGACAAGGCCAGAGACACUUCAUCGAACUCUGGCUGAAGUAUUGGGUAAUCUAUGCACUGCUGCAGGGACUCGGAGUCCUCACCGAUUUCCUGCUCGGUGGCUUCUCCUUCUACGCUGGUCUCAAGCUCAUCCUGUCCGUGGGCCUCUGGUUCAGUGCCCCAUACAGCACCAAUCACCUGUUCAAUCUGCUUGAUGCGUACGCUAUGGGGAAACUGCGAUCAGUCGUGGAGAAUGGUGUUCGCUGGCACGGGCAAAUCAGUAGAAACAUUUUUCGCGGCUUUAUGCAAUCACCACUGGUGACAGUGAUAAUGCCAAGGGGCGAGGAUGAGCAUAUCACGGAGCCGCGGAUCAAUAAACGUCUCCUGAAAAGAGAACUGUCAAAUCUCAUGACGCAGAUUGCAAGGGAAACGGCAGAUCAUUGCCAUCAGCAAGAGCGACCUAUGAUGCGUCAUUCCCCUCGGCAUUUACGAGCAGCUGAACUGAACAAAUUGAACGGGGAUUCCAUGCACAAUGUCAUCGAGAAUUUCGACCAAAGAUGGGGAGAUCAGCAGUAGUCUGGCCUACUAUAAGCCAACUUCAGCCGGUCCAAAGAAAGGACAGCCUAAUUGGCAUUAUUUUCUUUUCCUGCCCUUUCCAAAUUUUACUAAGUAAAAACCAAGUCGGAUAAUCCAAAACCUUGGUGUUGAAUCACUCUUGAAUCUUCUUUACAGAAGAGCAGCAGCUGCCAUUAAUCUUCAAUUAGAAAAGUUCAAUGCCAGCGGAAGGGCAUGUUAAUUGAUUCAUGGAUCGGCGCAAGGAAUCGAUGAUCCAGCGAUCAGUAGCGAUUUGUUACCCAUUGGCGGACCUUUGGCGGCGAUGCAGCUGAUUAAUGGAGAACGGCGAAGGGCAGGCGAAAACAAAAGACUGAAGCAACGAACUUGCUGCGACGGUCGGGACGCGUGUUGCGGCUUUUUGGGGAAUGCUGUUCUGCUGCUGUCGCUGGCAACAAUCUUAAUGCAAUUAGCACACUAUUAAUCUUGAUCAAAAUCCGAACUCAGCAAAUUCGCAAUAACAACCGCAAUGUAAGUGACGCAUUCGUCAGCGCAUUGUAAAGCAAUUUGUUUCAAUUUCGUGGAUCUGAUUCGGCAAGCAAAUUCUCGAUCGGGGGUCGAAACAGCUUCUAGAAGCAAUAAGGCGGUAAUUCACCUAAAUAACAUUUAUUGCCUUAUUAAUUUACUGUAUUUCAUGUGAUGAUGUAGACACAAGCGUUAGCUUCGCUUAUCAGGAAGGAGAUGGAAUAAUAAACUCUAUUGAUCUGUGGACAAAAAACUAUUAAAGUGUUCUAUAUUUAUUAUAAACGAGAGCAAGGAAACUCGUUUACCCAAGAGAUUGAAAUUAUAAAAACACAUACACGAUUCUAAAACACCUUACAACAGCUUGCACUUAAUCAUUGCCAUUCAGAGGUUAUUCCAUCAGCUGCCUGCACCCACGUCGCGGAGUCAUUAGCUCCUGGCCAAAGUUCCUUAGCCUUUGGCCGCGGUCCUCUCAAUUCUCGGAAGGAACGGGUGCCUCCCUGGGCAAGGAGGAGCACGAAAAAAAAACGAGGCGAAGAACGAAGCGGAGUGCGAAAUAAGAUGGUGCAUUUACAUAUUUUGUAAAAAAAUAACAAUAAUAAUAAGACGUGCGAUUAAUAAAUCGGCUUUGUCUCACAUCGCUAAUUGUUUGCCAUUAAUUUGCAUAACAAAAUUAAUUGGCGGCAUUUAUGCAAAUCCCGAAAGCCCACAAAAAAUCACUUCCUAGGCGAUCCGGCUGUCGUUGUGCCAAAGAUGACACCCCAGCGGAGAUGGGGAUCGGAGCCAAAGCCACUUGAAUUGAAGUUCAAGUUUUCGCAAUUGACCCACAAAUUAAUUAUGCAUGCAUGCUGGUAAUUGUGAAUUUGCCUUUUACAAUCGCACACGUAAUGCCUCUGCGUUAUUUCCGUCAACAUUUCAUUUAUUAGACGCAAUUACAAUUGAUUUGGGUUUCGGUUUCGGUUUCGGUUUCAAUGGCUGAGAUUUCUGUGAAUGGGAAUGGUAUGGGAACCUUUUCUUGAUGGCUUUUUGAAUGCCUGCCCAACCUAAAUGUCAUGAGCGAGCGCUCGGCUUUGGACAGGGUCAAGACUUUUUGGCUCAUUGUGCGAAAGAAAUUUCGGCCGAAAACCGAAAGCUGAAAACCGAUCUGAAUCAGAAGCCAAUGAUCCUAACCUUGGAUUGG